AAACAACUCCGUCUCGCACAGACUUCACGGCUAAAGUGCUAAAGUGACUCAACAGACGGCAGAGAUGUGGAAACAUCUGAUUUUCACCGCCGCUAUCCUGGCCUCGUCACAAGGUCAAGAGUUUCUGACCAUCAUGGAUGGUUGGGAAUUCUUCAAGCUUCCUUCUCGUGGAGUCAUGUCCAACACGAACGUCAAGGCCACCUGCGAAGCUGCGGGGAUGAGCUACCCCUGCUAUGACGUGAGCGAGAGCUGCGACCACGGCAGACACUGGGCAGACGGCUGCAUCACGUUCAACGGCGGCCAGCUGAGCUGUCACACGCCCACCGUGCUGUCCCUGGCGCUGUGCGGACACACCAUCCCCCGCCUCUGUCACCACCUGGACGACACGUUCGUCUACAACCCGCAUGGGUGGGGCGGGGACAGCGCGUACGGCACGGACUAUGACACAGGCUCCAACCUGUUCGGGUCCUUCCACCACGACAUGCUUGCAUUGUGUGCAGUGGAUCCGUCCAGCGCCCCGGUCACAGACGUUCCCAAAGUCACAGACGUCACGGACCUCACUGACAUCACCGACGCUCCCAGCGUCACCGACGUCCCUGACGCCACAAGUGUCACUGAUGUUCCCAAAGUCACGGACGGUACCGACGUGCCCAAAGUGACUGACGUCACUGACGUCCCCGUUACCGACGUCAACGACGGUAACGACGUUACAGACGGCCCCGACGUCCCCAGCGUCACCGACGGCACCAACAUCAACGACGUCAUCACAGGAUGAACAAUCACCUGGCAUGCUUAGUAACGAUGAUCGAAUAAAUGUAAAAUUACAGACAAAAACUUUUACAUAUCGUGAGCUACUGUUGCCUGGUUUAUCAAAAGAAAACGUUUCAUAU